GCUGUCAGUGUCUUUUAUCUGAGAGAUACCACUUUCUACUUUCCACUCUCUUACAACUUCUUUAUUGACGGCCGUUACUGACGAUCACCUUCCUUUGCACUCUCUCACCCCUGCCCCUGGUAGCACUUCAUUUCUACCUCGAUGUCAAUUCAUAUAUUUUCACUUUUGUGAAAACCCACAUUUACAUAGCGUUGGAGCAUGGCGGAUAUCCAAGCCGUUCUGGGGCAGCUCACGCAAGCGGCCCAGUCUGCCCGUGCCGUCAGGCGCUGCUUCAACGGUGGCCGUGACCUCCAGGAAUCGUCGCAUCGUGCAAUUAUGCUUCUAGUAGACGUCCAGGAAUUUUUAUAUUUUCUCAAAGACAGUAUCAUUUCGGGGGAAGAAAAAUGGCUGUUGGAAACCGCAAGAAUGGGAGCCUUGGUUGAGGUUCUUACGAGUUUCGCAUCGACCAUGAAAUCUAUGGAGCUCUACUUUCAGCCUGGAGGGGUCGGGGUGACUUAUUACCGGAAGCGCCUGCUCGAACGGACGUUUUUACCGCGUCUAGAGCAGUAUAAGGUCAUACUGCUUCUUUCGAUGCAGCCUGAUUCUGGGGAGCGGUUGUUCCUAGAUCGGAAAAUUCGAGCCAGUCUCAGGUUAUGGCGUGAGACUGAAUCAGGGCCGAAAGUCGACCUUCAAUUUGAAGAACGUAUUCUUGGUUUCACGAGUCAGUUGGCAUCGGAAAAUUUUAUCACCCUCGCAGAUUUAUGCAAUCGCCGCCUGAAAGGCACUGGCCAGUGGAUUUUUGAUGAUGAUCAAUAUAAACAAUGGUUGCUCGGGUCCAUGAAAACACUGUACUGUGUCGGUCCGCCUGGAGUAGGGAAAACCUUUCUGUCGGCUGCUAUAAUAGACUCACUUCAGAGAACCUUUACCUCGUCCGAUGUUGCCUCAAUAUUUAUCUUUUGCCAGGAGGAGGGAGAGAAAGAACAGACAACCCUGGAUUUGCUUCAGAAUAUCCUUGCACAGCUUAUCUAUCGCAAACGAAGCCUUUCCUAUGCGUCCUCCUCUCUAUAUCACUCCGAGCAUAUGAUGAAAGGCAAGGCCUCUCCCAAAGUGUAUCAGAAUGCAAUCCGUGCAGAAGUGGACCGAUUUUCCAAAGUUUUCUUUAUUAUUGACGGACUAGAUAUGCUUUCCGACAAGGAACGUUUUAUUGCGCGACUCCAGAAACUCCCCGACCAGGUGCAGCUUCUAGUAACCCUACGGGAGGCACCUAUAGCCAAAGUUGCUUCUUAUAUUACUGUUAUGGCUCCACCUAGCGACAUUCACUUGUAUGCUAUGUCGCGAAUCCAGGAAGAUCAUAGCAUUAGUGCCCUUCUAUGUGAAAUCGAUGAACCACAAUUAUAUCAAGAGGUCAUUAACAUGGUAUCAGAGAAAAGCCAUGGAGUAUUGUCAAGGUUACACAAAACUCACAUCUUACGAUUUUUUAGGUUCCUCUUAGCCAAAAUACAUCUUGAUCUCCUUCUCUUCGAGCGAGCCCUGGCAUAUGGUGAAGCGAUGAAGCAGGUGAGCAAUGCGGAUCAGGAAGCCAUGAGCUUUGAACAUUCCUUACAGACUCAAAAUGCCGUAACUGAGUAUUUGACAGGUACUCCAGCCAAAGAUAUUGCCGAGACCUGCUUGACUGCUAUUACACCGGAUGAAGUCGUUGAUGAUUGCUACUACAACGCAAGGUACUGGGGAUAUCACGCGCGUGAGGUUUCGGACGACGAACAAACGAUACAGUUGCUCUGGAGACGGCCACCUCUACAACUGGGUUUAGGGAAAUACCCCCAGGACUGGACUCCCCUUCAUGUCCUCGCUUACUUUGGAAUCGUGGGAAAAUCCAAACGUAUCCUUUUUCAAGGUGCAAGGAUCACUCCUUUACACUGCGCAGCCAGCCGUGGGAACUCUGACAUGGUCGAAUUUUUGCUUGAUAUGUCCCGCGACGGCAGCACAGCCUUGCACCUAGCCACAGAAUAUGGCCAAAGGAAAGUCAUGAAAAUUCUGCUCCAUCGACCGGGUGCAACAGAAUCGGAUGAGGCAACUGUUGCGUUGCUUGUGAAAAACAAGGUGGACGUCAACACCCGCAACAUCCACACAGCGAUCGAAUGGAGGCGACUCCGCGCCUCCAUUAAUAUGACUAAUGAGAACGGGUUUACUCCUCUUCAAUUAGCGCGCCGCGCACAGCUAGCAGCUUACGCAAAUCACUGGGUUGCAUUUGACCUCUUGGUCAUUGGCGGUGCAGACAUCAACGCAUGGAAUAAAGAAGGAGACACAUCUGUCGCCUCGAAAAUCAUCGACCAAGCGAAAGGAUACCCACCAUUGCACUGUGCAGCAGCAGCCGGAAAUAAACUGAUGUUCAUGUACCUUGUCGAGCGAGGCGCCAAAAUCGGCGCCCUAACUGCUAAGGGCGAGUCCCUCCUUCUUAUCACACCUCCGAUCAACGAUGAAUGCAUAGAUAUUCUCAAGUUCGCCGUAGAAAAAGGCCUGAGUGUCAACGUCGUCUCUAAUGAAGGCUGGACACCCCUCCACCUAGCCGUCUACGUCGGAGCUGGAGUCCCAGACCACGCCUUUGACAAAAUAGCAGAUGGGGCUGAUGUCAACGCCCGACUGCAAAGCAGCAAUGCCGAAACACCGCUUCAUCUUGCCGUCACUGCGAUAGUACCACGGCCAAAUCUUGUCUCACUACUAAUUAAAGCCGGCGCUGAAGUCGACAGCCCCACACUGGAAGGGAAAACGUCUCUUCAUCUAGCCGCGGAGCGAGGGCGAGAAGGCAUCUUCCGAAUCAUACAUGAUGCAGGUGCAGAUAUUUCCCUGGAAGCACCGGACAGCGCCAAAGCCGAUGACGGGAACGGAGUUGGCACGACAGCCUUUGAUUUGGCGCUGAAAAACCCUUUCGCUCUACACUGGUUUGGCUCUGAUGGAAAGCUUCGUCCUGCUGUUGAAACGAGCCGGCGAGACAGUGUCGGCACCGUCAUUGAAGAGGAAGACUUGAUCCAGGAUGACCCGGACGAUGAGUUAGAGGCAAACGGGGUGAAGGAGAGCGAAGAAGACGAUCAAGAGGCAGAAAAAGGUACCGGGAUUUCUCUAAUGGGAGAUGAGAUGCCGUAUGUAAUUGUUUGA